AUAGAACUAACCGGUGCAAAAACAGAUAACAAAAUUUAGUUAUAAUUAGGUCAAUGCAAGUUAUAAAUUUAUAGUGAACAAUAUGAACAUAUUGCGGCAUGCUUUUACUUUGGUGUCUUUGGGCACAUACAAUGUAGGACGCCGCACCAAGAUCCAACAUGUUAGGGGCUUUGUGCUGGGCACUGGGCUUGGCCUGGCUACCUUUGCAUCGGUCACGUACGCACAUGCAGAGGCCGCAAAGGUCAAUCGUGUGUUAAACGUGAGUAAGUUUAUGGCGGAGCCUAUCACAGAUGCAAAACAGCUCCUGGGGGACAAGGAUGACAUGCGCCAUCGCAUGGAGUUGAUGAUCAUGGAUAUUCAGGCCGACUUCUGUCGCGCACUGGAGGCGGAGGAGUUUGGUGGCCAAAAGUUCAAAGUCGACCGUUGGCUGCGGGAGGAAGGCGGUGGUGGUGUGACCUGUGUGUUGCAGGAUGGCGAUGUUUUUGAAAAGGCCGGUGUCAAUGUGUCCGUGGUGACGGGCAUGUUGCCGCCCGCUGCUGUGCAACAGAUGCGCGCCCGUGGCAAGGAACUGACCAUGGGCGUGAAGCUGCCUUUCUUUGCCAGCGGCGUCAGCGCCGUUAUACAUCCACGCAACCCACAUGUCCCCACUAUACAUUUUAACUAUCGUUACUUUGAGGUACAAAUGCCAGAUGGCAAGAAGCAAUGGUGGUUCGGCGGCGGUACGGAUCUAACACCAUACUACCUGGACGAACGAGAUGCGCGUCAUUUUCACAAAACUCUGAAGAGCGCAUGCGAUGAGCACGACACCAGCUACUAUCCCAAGUUCAAGAAGUGGUGCGACGAAUAUUUCCAUAUUAAGCAUCGCAAUGAAUGCCGUGGCGUCGGUGGCAUUUUCUUUGAUGAUGUGGAUGAGCCCAGUCCGAAUGCUUGUUUCGACUUUGUCACCAGCUGUGCUCGUGCCGUUAUACCGUCAUAUAUGCCGCUGGUGCAGAAGAAUAAAAACAUAGAAUAUGGCACCAAUGAGCGCCAAUGGCAACUGUUGCGACGUGGUCGCUAUGUGGAGUUCAAUUUAAUCUAUGAUCGGGGCACCAAGUUCGGCCUGUACACGCCUGGUGCCCGCUAUGAGAGCAUACUCAUGUCAUUACCUCUACACGCCAGAUGGGAGUAUAUGCAUGCGCCCAAGGAGACGUCCAAAGAGGGUGCACUGAUGAAGGUGCUGCAGAAUCCAAAAGAUUGGAUCUAAGUUUGAAUCAAGAGUUUGAAACAUGUAUUUUAUGCUUUGACAUUUUUUAAGGGGAGUAGGGUGCCUUUCAUACAUCUGUAUAAUUUUGUAGACUUUUCUAAGGAUCGACAAUAUUUAUAAACAUUAUGAUAUACAUAUAUUUUGUUAAAGAAUA